AUGGCUUCCGAUAUCCCUAAGGUGGUCCCGCUGACCUGUCACGGGCACUCUCGUCCCGUGACCCACCUGAGCUUCUCCUCGACGGUCGAGGAGGAUCAGUACUAUCUGAUCUCGGCCUGCAAAGAUCAACCAAAAUCUAACAUCCACGCCAGGAUUGGCACAUUCCUCGGCCACAAAGGCGCCGUUUGGCAAGCCCGGCUUUCCGCCGACGCUGCCAUCGCAGCCACAGCCGCCGCAGACUUCUCCGCCAAAGUGUGGGAUACCUACAGUGGCGAGUGCCUGCACACGCUGCAGCACGCACACAUCGUGCGCGCCAUUGCCUUCCCCAUCCAAGCAAACCCGCAGGUCCUGGCUACCGGCGGCGCAGAGAAGAAACUACGCAUCUUCGACCUGACCCGCGGCGGCGGCAGCAGCAAUGGCUCCUCGCCGCAGCUGCCAAUGCCCAGCAGCGGGAGCACCGGCCAGACCGGCGCGGACGCAGCCAGCUACGAGAUCGGACCCGGAGUGCAUGGCGGCACGAUCAAGUCCAUUGUCUGGAACCAGGACUAUAAUAUCGUGACGACUGCCGCGGAGGACCGCAAGAUUCGGUGGUGGGAUCUCCGGUCGCGGCAUCCCAUCAAGGAGUACGCGGUCGAUGGGGCGAUUGGGUCGUGCGAGUUGAAUAGUCUCGCCGUGCGGCCAAAUGACCCCGGGAUUCUGACUGUGGCUGCGGGUAAAAGUGUGUAUCUCUUUGACGGCGUGCAGCCCGGACGGCUUUUGAAAAAGGCCGAUUUUGGAUACGAGGUAGCCAGUGCUGCGGUGAACAGUGACUCUGGGCGGUUGGUGACUGGCAGCGCGAAUGAUACGUGGGCACGGGUUUAUGACCUCCACACGGACGAGGAGCUGGACGUGCAAAAGGGCCACCACGGCCCUAUCUGGUCCAUCGGCUUCUCGCCUGACGGCAAACUGUACGGCACUGGCAGCGAGGACGGCACCGUCAAGCUGUGGAAGGCGUGCCGGGAGCCAUACGGUUUGUGGCGAUGA